UAAACUUUGAUCCCAGUUAGAUCAACGGCUACAAAGCCUUUUACAGCAACAUUAAUACCGAGGUCACCGUUCAACAACUUCCACGUGCAUCCUAGGGCCACACCGGCCAACGUAUACGGACCUCUAAACUCGCACCUAAAUCCAAUUUCAUAAAACCAUUUCAAGUCCGCCCUGCAACAAAUCACGAAAGGGGAAAAACCAUCCAGCUGCAUCCCGAGAAGAUCCACAGAUACCAUUGAGUAGCACUCGUACAUGGUUAAACCUUGUAAGAAAAAUCUCUGAAGCAUCAUAGACACCGGCUUUACCUUCUCGCUGUAAAGAGCGAUUGCAAACUUUUUGAGGUUUUUUGCUCUGGCGUUGAAUUUGAUCGGCGUUUUUGCAGAUUCAUCUUCAUUUAGCUACUACAUCAUACAGAAUAGAGGCGUUUUAUAACAUGAGUGGUGCUUAAGCAUUAUAAAAUUACAUUCCCCCAAGUCGGUAUCCCAGAAGAUGGCUUCUGUUGGAAUGGCUCCGCUGACAGCUGAAAAGGUUGAUGGUGAUUCAAUGUUUGUUGACAAACUGCCUGAGGAAAUCAAUGAAAUGAAAAUCAGAGACGACAAGGUGGAAAAGGAAAUGGAGGCAACUGUGGUAGAUGGAAAUGGCACUGAAACUGGUCACAUUAUCGUUACUACCAUUGGAGGCAGAAAUGGUCAGCCCAAACAGACAAUAAGCUAUAUGGCGGAGCGUGUGGUGGGGCAGGGUUCUUUUGGAAUUGUAUUUCAGGCGAAAUGCUUAGAGACUGGAGAAGCUGUUGCAAUUAAAAAAGUAUUGCAAGAUAAACGAUACAAGAAUCGGGAACUGCAGACAAUGAGACUUCUUGAUCAUCCGAAUGUUGUUUCACUCAAACACUGCUUCUUUUCAACAACAGACAAAGAUGAACUUUACCUAAAUUUGGUUCUAGAGUAUGUACCUGAGACAGCUUAUCGUGUAGCAAGGCACUACAGCAAGGCAAAUCAAAGAAUGCCCAUGAUUUAUGUCAAACUAUACACGUAUCAGAUUUUCAGAGCACUUGCAUACAUUCAUGCAAUCGGUGUGUGUCACCGUGACAUCAAGCCUCAAAAUCUUCUGGUGAAUCCGCAUACUCACCAGCUCAAACUCUGUGAUUUUGGAAGUGCAAAAGUUCUGGUGAAAGGGGAACCAAAUAUAUCGUAUAUCUGUUCACGAUAUUAUCGGGCACCUGAACUCAUAUUCGGGGCAACUGAAUACACCACUGCCAUUGAUGUCUGGUCAGUCGGUUGUGUCCUCGCUGAACUUCUUCUGGGACAGCCCUUAUUCCCUGGUGAGAGCGGAGUUGACCAACUCGUAGAGAUCAUUAAGGUUCUUGGUACACCAACUCGUGAAGAAAUCAAAUGCAUGAAUCCAAACUACACAGAAUUUAAGUUCCCACAAAUCAAAGCUCACCCCUGGCACAAAAUUUUUCACAAGCGGACACCCCCAGAGGCUGUAGAUCUUGUUUCAAGACUCCUCCAGUAUUCUCCCAACUUGAGAUGCACUGCUUUGGAGGCAUGCAUCCACCCCUUCUUUAACGAACUUCGUGAUCCAAGCACCCGUCUUCCAAAUGGCCGCCCCUUGCCACCCCUCUUCAACUUCAAGCCUCAAGAGCUAAAAGGGGCAUCUUUGGAACUUCUGGCUAAACUCAUACCUGAACAUGCUCGGAAACAGUCUCCCUUCCUUGGCUUCUAAGUUGUAAUCAAUCGCUUGCCUGCCUGCCUAAUUUAUUGUUUGUCCUCAGCCUCAGAUAUAUAGCAAGCAAGCAAACAAGCAACUGUGGUUUAUUAAUGUUUAUGUUUAGUUUUUUGUUGAACUUGAUUGCUUUUGUAUUUUGUGUUUUAUAUCAUAUGCAUAUGCAUAUGGUGAAACUUAUGUAGACCUACCUGUAUGGAGUAUGAAUUAUGAAGUAUGAUUUAUAUGCAAAAAUCUGUUGUGGUUUCUUAUUA